CAUGGACUACUUUCAGAGAGGGUAGAAUAAACAAACGAAGAAAUAAACAGUUGAGGAUUUAAAGUAUAUUCUGCUCAAGAACCAACGAAUGUACACGCGUUGAAGUUGGGAAAAUUCGAGAUUUAAGGUUUGCAACGGGCACGAGGGGCGAAUAUAAUCUUCCAAAUAUGAAACUGUGGCUAUUAGAACGUGGGUGCACGUAAUGUAACAUUGGCAACUUAUCAAUUCAAUGCGCAGACAUCACGUCCACCCUUGGAGCAUGCUCAUUCAACUGCAAAUUUUAUACAAACACUGUUGACAAAAUAAAAUAAGUCAGUUUCGAAGAGACAACUGCACGAAAUCAGUAAUGGCGUCGUCAGAGAGGAGAAACAUUCAACAUUCUCAAGGUGAAUCGACAGACAAGUGGCGAUAUGCUGUCCUGGUGUCUAAGUUCAGUCUUGAUUUUCUUACAACGGGACUUUUGAAAGCAUUUGGAUUAUUAAUACCCGCUCUCAUCCGCAAACUCGAUACAAACUACGGGAUCCUUGGAUUCAUUUUAUCUGUUGAGCUUACAAUUUAUUUCAUGGCUUGUCCUUUGGUCUGUUUCCUGUCCAAGAGAAUAAAUAGUCGCUUACUAUGCAUUGUGGGUAGUAUUUCAUCAAGUGCCUCAAUCAUCGCGUCAGCAUACGCUCCAUCAACCGUCUGGUUCGGCGUCGCCAUGUUUCUUACUGGCUUGUUCAGUGCCCCGAUAAACCAGAUUUCUCAUGAGGUACUUCACCGAUAUUAUGGAGUCAAAUUUAGUUUUGCUAACUCGGUUUGUCUAUUUGGGGCAAUUGUUGGCGGUGUAGUCUUUCCCCCAGUAACGUAUGGACUUCUAGAAAGGUAUGGACUUGAGGGCGCUUUAAUUUGUCUUGGUGCAAUUUAUUUGAACUGUGUACCCAUCGCAGUUACUCUAAGGAACCCGAAAGACAGCAAUCACAGAUCUUCUUUGGAACACUUCCGUGGUAAAAUUCUAGAGGAAGAAAUGCCAAUGGAGGUAGGACGUGUAUUUUCAGAAUGUGAAGUGAAGUAUGAAUCGCAAUCAGAAGAGAACACUGAUGCCCUCAUGAAUAUUCAUCAACGGGAAAUUAGGGAAAUGAACAACGGUAACUCAAAAUACGGAGUAGUGUCCAACUUCCUGAGAAUUUUGGUGAAAGAGAAAGCAUUUACGAUACUAUUUUUACCAUGCAAGUACAUUUUGGAAGUAGUUUUUAUUGCUUGGAUCUUAUUCAUUGUUUCAUUUGCAUUGGCUAAGGAUGUCCCUGAGGCACUUACAGCAUACUUACCCAUUGCAGGAUCCGUGGGAGGAUUCUUCAUUCAAGGAAUAGUAACCAUUCUCUUGCAUUACCAACCCCUAUGGGGAGAUGUAAUCUUCAUUAUCAGCAUGUCAUCGGUGGCUUUAGCGCUUUUCCUCUAUCCUGUAAGUUCUUCCUUUGUCCAUCUCUUAGUAUGUUCGUUCUUCGUGGGUGGAGGAACCUUUGGGGGAUUCCCAGCUACCUAUUCUGUUUUGGUCUCCUACGUUUCCGCGGAAAACUUCGACAGCCUGCUCUCUGCCAAGUUUUUCGUAACUGGAAUCGGAGUCGUCUCAUCAGGAUACAUGGCAGGUUCCCUUUAUGACAUCACUGGAUCAUUUGAUCACGUCUUUAUGGUAAUGGGAGGAAUGAGUGUUCUAUCUGUUCUGCUAACGGUCGUCUUGGUGAUUAAUAAACGGAGAAAACAACAUCUCGACACCAAAUCCGUAGAAUGAAUAUACUUCAUUGAAUCUGCCAAGCAUCACUGCUUGGGAUUGAGCAUUAUAUACAUUGAAAAAAUAAUAUAGAUAUAUAUAUAUAGAGAGAUAUAUAUAUAAUAUAAUGUAAUAUCACUAUUAUUAUCUGAUUAUCAUCAUUAUUGAAACCAAGAAGCGCAUAAGGAGCUGCUGUGCUAUUAUCAUGGGUGCUUUGACCUAUUUUUAAAUAAAGGAAGUAAUAAACGUUCUAUGAGCAAGUAGCAGUACAUGAAUUUAUUAACGAUAACUGUGACAGAUCCUUCAUUUUUGUAUGACUUCACUAUUAAAAAGAUAUUCUCGACAGCAAUAUACCAUUACUUUAAGAGCCAUGACAUUGUGUCUGAAGUCAUAUCGGAAUAUAAAUUUUACUUCUGGCUUUUUUUUCAUAUAUAGCAUUGUUAAUAAAAUGAAAUAAUUAAUAUAAAGAUCAUUUUUAAGCUUAAAAUGAUUACUUCAAUUGAGCAUUUUUAUCGACAUUGUUGCAAUAUUUUCAUGACAUUAUAUGGUGCUGUUGCGACAGUUAUUAUUAUCACGAGUGCAGGACCAUUGUACCUAGAAAAAAUAUAAGGUACGUUGUAAAUGUAAUGAAAGUUCCAAGUGAGAUGAAAAAUAGCCAAUACCACGAUGAUGAGCAAUAUCUGUUUAAGUCUUAGUAUAUGUAUCACCGUAGAAACCUCCACUAAACCAUGUGAGGUAUUAUUCAAAAGAUUGAAAAGAAAUUGUUUUAAGGGGCAUAUAAAAAGUAGGCAUAUUUUACUCAGGGACUGUUCUAGGGUAUGAAGACAACUCAAAGUGCGUUUUUUUUUAAUUCAGGGUUAUUGUAAAGUCACCUUUAUCAUGCUAUCAUACCCCCCAUUCUUUCCCCUUUAUUUCACCCGUAGCUGCUCUCGUGGUUCCCCCCCCCCAAAAAAAAAGGAAAAACAUUAAUUUCUUUACUCAAGAAGAAUUUAAGAUUUUUUUAUAUUUGAUUUAUUUAAAACAAAAUAAGACGUUUUUUUCACCCCGAGUACCUUUAUCGGCUUCAAUUCAAUUGACUUUGCUAUUCAUCUUCCAGGGUAAAGCAGGUGCGUAAAGUUAGCUACUAAUUAUUUCCUUAUUCGAUGCAAAGUAUUACCUUGUCCUUAGUCUCUCCUUGUUAAAAUUGUCUCGCCCUAUUUGAAAUGCCUUUCUCCUUAUUAGUGUCUCUCUCCUUAUUCAAAACUGCACUCAUCUUAUUCAAACCAUCCCUUCCUUAUUCAAAAUGCUCUCCUUAUUCAAGAUAGUUCUCUCCUUGUUCAAAACUGCCCUCUCUUUACUCAAACAACACUCUCCUUAUUAAAAUUAACCCUGUUCUUAUUCAAAUUAAUUAAUUAAUAAAUUAAUGACUCUCUCCUUAUGAAAAAUACUUUAUGUUAAGAGAUUUAGUUAAAAAUUUCUCAAGUGGAUAUCAUGUCCCCUUAUUAAGGUGAGAGAUAUAGUCAGGAAUAGAUUCAAUAGACUUGACUAUAUAAGUAUUUAAUUAAUUUGAUUCUGUAGAUGCACAUUAAGUUUUUUAGAAGAAUAUUUUUCUUUUUCUUUAUUGGAAAAAAUCAAGGAAUUUAAUCUAUUUCGUUGAAUGUACAUUUAAAAAAAUAGCAACAAAGUUACAAAAUGCGAACACGGAGCGCGAGCAGAAAAUUUAGAGAUAUGUAUGAGGCAAACAAUUCUUUGAAUAUAAUAUGAACAUUAAAAGUUGCUAUGUUUAAUUGUAGUUUAAUUUUAAUUUUCUGACUUCAAAGAAUUUCCUGGAAUUUUUUCAUUUCCCAAAAAUAACCUGAAAAUGAUCAAGAUUUCCCGGAAUUUGGUAAAUUUCCUUCAAAGUGGAAACACAUCGUGCUCGAUUGAAUUCUUCAGUAUACCCUUUCCGGGAAUGUUUCCAUCUUGUCACGCGAAUUUGCUAUUGGCUAAAUCAUCAAGGCACAUAACAUAGCUCAACGCAGGCGUAUCCCGAAACAUGUUUUAGCUUCCCGGGAUUUCGCCUUCUUCUAUUAACAUGUAUGUGUUUAUAUUAUUCAUGGCAAACUGACUUACAUGAAUUUAUUUCUAUGAAAAUAAAGAAAUUGAAUAUUUAUAUGAAAUGAAAAAAAACCCUAAGAAUUAAAGAAGGCCUAAUUACUGUCAUGCUCAGAGACAUAA